AUGUCAUCUCAACUACCAAGAGAUGAGGUUCUUUCGGAAUUAAAUUUUAUCAGAUAUCUCACUACUAAAAUAUUCCUUUACCCUUUUAAGGGACGAUCAAAGCUGACCAUGAUUGGGUACGCACUUACCAUAUUUCUAGUCUUAUCUACAACUUUACAACUUAUGAUAACAAUUGUGUCAGCAGAAUGGUUGGUCAUAAUUAAUACAGCACCAAAUUUAGGAGUUUGUGUAAUAUCCGCUAUAAAAUACGCAAAAAUACAAAUGCAUAGAGAACGAUAUAACCAGAUAUUUUUACAUUUCUAUGAUGAAAUGUGGGAUGUUGUUGCAAAUUCUGAUAUACAUAGAAAGACAAUAAGGUAUUACAAAAAACUUGCCAUGAUCAUAAAUCGAUUUUUACUGUACUACUCAAUUCCAUUGAUAAUCGUUGUUGACUCUUUCCCAUAUAUCGUAAUGCGGUUUGAAGAGAGAUUUUUCGGGAUAAAGGAAUAUUUGUAUCCUAUUGAAGUUUGGUAUCCUUUUGAUAAAAUUAAGUUUUACAUUGCUGCGUAUGUAUGGGAGAGCUGCAUGACGGCUGUUGUUGUAAGUCUAUAUGCUAUUACGAAUAUAAUACACUCAACAUAUAUAAUAUUCACUUGUAUGGAAUUGAGGAUACUAGGCAAUUGCCUCGAAGAGCUAAUAAGCGAUGAAGAUGUUGACAAUAUAACAAAAGGAGUAAACAUUGAUGAGAUAUAUAAACGAUCUCUGAAGAGAAUUAAAAUGAUCAUUUCGAGACAUGACGUUUUGGCUAAACAAAUUGCAGCCCUGGACACUAUUUUAGGCGAUGCAAUGAUUAUAAAUUAUUCUCUUGGAGCAGUAUUCAUUUGUCUUACAGCAUUUACAUCCACAGUGGUCAGUAACUUCUACAAACGUGUUCGAUAUUCCUUCAUGUGUUUGUCACUGCUUGUGGAAUGUUUCAAUCAGUGUUUUAUGGGACAAAUCAUAAGCGAUAGUAGUAAGAAUUUAACAAACUCUAUCUAUUCAUCUAACUGGCCUUAUGCAAGUCCAGAGACUAAGACUAUUAUGUUAAUGUUCAUUAUGCGUACCCAGAAGCCUUUUGAACUCACUGCAAAAGGUUAUACAGUUAUGAACAUGCAUACGUUUAGCCGUAUAUGCAGCACAUCUUUUCAAUUAUUCAAUCUACUGCGCACAAUAUACGCCAAAAAAAACACACUCUUCGUAAACUAA